AUGGGGAGAACUACCAGGAUAGUGAUAUGGAUGCUUGAAUGGAUAGUGCUAUAUUUCGGACUAAGCGCCUCUCAGACAGGAAUAUUCCCUCUUCAUAACAAACAAGUCUGUAGUACAUGGGGGAACUACCACUUCAAGAAAUUUGAUGGACACUUUAUCCACCUGGCAUCCACGUGUAAUUUUCUCAUGUCUGCAACAUGUGGAAGCAAUCAGAAGGAUUUCUACAUUCAGUUGAGACGCCAAGUGGAAAAUGACCAACCAACUAUCACUAACAUCACAAUGAAGCUGAGGAGCAUUAUAGUGGAGCUCAACAAAACCACUGUUCAUGUAAACGGAUCACCGAUGGAUCUGCCUUUUAGCCACUCUGGUGUUCUCAUUUAUAAGAGUUCCUCCUACAUAACAAUCACUGCUACACUCGGACUAGUGGCCAAGUGGAACGAAGAUGACUCUUUCACUGUUGAAUUGGACAUGAGGUACCAAAAUAAGACCUGUGGUUUAUGUGGAGACUUCAGUGGCAACCGGUCACACAAUGAGUUCCCUAAAUAUGAUGACAGAUCUGAUUAUGGAGACUUUGUGAAGAUGAAUAGUUCAACAGAUAGCUGUAUGGAGCAGGUCAACUCAACUAAGGCAUGUAAAAACAUGACAUCAGUAUGUGAGCAGCUGCUCUUAGGCCCAUCGGUCAGUAGCUGUCAGGACCUUGUACCUCUUGACUCCUUCAUCAAAGCCUGUGAACUGGACAUGUGCGACUGCAACAACAGGACCACAUCCUUUUGUAUUUGCAGAACCAUUUCAGAAUACUCCAGCCAGUGCAUUCAGGCAGGUGGAAAGCCUGAACCAUGGUGGACUAAGCAGUUCUGUGGAUACCUGUUUGAUGACCUGACUAAUAGAGGCUGUAUUGCUGAGAAUGAGUGCGGCUGCAUCCAUGAUGGAAAAAUCUAUGAACAUGGAGAGACUUAUAGGAGUAACUGUGAAGAAUGUUGUACUAGUGCUACGUAUCGAGCACAAAACAAGGAAUUCAGAGUGUCCGAUGGAGGUUAUCAGAUUCUUCAUAGAGAUGAGGGGGUGGAUAUUCCUUACCAAAUUUUGGUAAGAGGAAUAUACAUCGUCCUUGAUGCAAGCAAUGGUUUAACUGUCAUGUGGGACCAGAAGAAAAACAUGUUCAUCAAACUCAACCCAAACUUCAAGGGUUCUGUUUGUGGUCUUUGCGGAAACUAUGAUGGGAACUCAAACAAUGACUUCAUGUUGAGAAAUCGGGAGGUGGAAACUAAUCCCUUGAACUUUCAGCUUAUGCACAAGCCUGCAAUGAUGCUGGAAAUUGUGUUGCCUGGAGAACACCCAAACUAUGCCCAUUGUUCUGUGAUUAUUACAACCCUUCUGGUGAAUGUGAGUGGCAUUACAAACCUUGUGGAGCUCCCUGCAUACAGACAUGCAGAAAUCCAGAUGGACAGUUGUUACCCCAAAUGUCCCUCUGAAUAUCCUUACUUUGAUGACGAUUCAAUGAAAUGUGUUAAGAGGGAACAGUGUGGCUGCUUUGACAAACAUGGGGAUUAUUACAGCAAUCAGGACCCAGUUCCUUCAACAGAAAACUGUCAGAUAUGGAAUUCAGCUAUGAAAUUAAGCAUGCAGAGCUGGCCAAAAAGACUCUUGACAUCUCAGUGGGACUACGACAUUGGCAAAUGCAAUGAUUAUAUAGGAAUAUUCCCUCUUCAUAACAAACAAGUCUGUAGUACAUGGGGGAACUACCACUUCAAGAAAUUUGAUGGACACUUUAUCCACCUGGCAUCCACAUGUAAUUUUCUCAUGUCUGCAACAUGUGGAAGCAAUCAGAAGGAUUUCUACAUUCAGUUGAGACGCCAAGUGGAAAACGACCAACCAACUAUCACUAACAUCACAAUGAAGCUGAGGAGCAUUACAGUGGAGCUCAACAAAACCACUGUUAAUGUAAACGGAUCACCGAUGGAUCUGCCUUUUAGCCACUCUGGUGUUCUCAUUUAUAAGAGUUCCUCCUACAUAACAAUCACUGCUACACUCGGACUAGUGGCCAAGUGGAACGAAGAUGACUCUUUCACUACAUCAGUAUGUGAGCAGCUGCUCUUAGGCCCAUCGGUCAGUAGCUGUCAGGACCUUGUACCUCUUGACCCCUUCAUCAAAGCCUGUGAACUGGACAUGUGCGACUGCAACAACAGGACCACAUCCUUUUGUAUUUGCAGAACCAUUUCAGAAUACUCCAGCCAGUGCAUUCAGGCAGGUGGAAAGCCUGAACCAUGGUGGACUAAGCAGUUCUGUGGAUACCUGUUUGAUGACCUGACUAAUAGAGGCUGUAUUGCUGAGAAUGAGUGCGGCUGCAUCCAUGAUGGAAAAAUCUAUGAACAUGGAGAGACUUAUAGGAGUAACUGUGAAGAAUGUACCUGUGAGGAUAGAGGAUGGCAAUGUACCACAAACCUGUGUCAUGGAACCUGCUCAGUUUAUGGAGAUGGCCAUUACUUUACAUUUGAUGGAAAGCAAUACACUUUCAGUGGAGACUGUGAAUACACAUUAGUUGGAGAUUUUUGUAGCCAUGCCAAUGCCAAUAGUACUUUCAGAGUUCUAUCGGAAAACAUACCAUGUGAUUUUAUUGGCACUACUUGCUCUAAAGCUAUCAGACUCCUGCUUGGGAACAAGGAAUUCAGAGUGUCCGAUGGAGGUUAUCAGAUUCUUCAUAGAGAUGAGGGGGUGGAUAUUCCUUACCAAAUUUUGGUAAGAGGAAUAUACAUCGUCCUUGAUGCAAGCAAUGGUUUAACUGUCAUGUGGGACCAGAAGAAAAACAUGUUCAUCAAACUCAACCCAAACUUCAAGGGUUCUGUUUGUGGUCUUUGCGGAAACUAUGAUGGGAACUCAAACAAUGACUUCAUGUUGAGAAAUCGGGAGGUGGAAACUAAUCCCUUGAACUUUGUAAGCGAUUGGAAAGAAUCCUCUAUCUGUUCUGUGGCCACAGAAAUGAAAAAUCCCUGCUCAAGUAACCCUUACAGACAAUCAUGGGCACAGAAACAAUGCAGUAUCAUUAGGAGUGAAGUUUUUACAGCUUGUCAUUCACAUGUGGAUCCCGAUCCUUUUUAUGAUGCCUGUGUGAGAGACUCAUGUGGUUGUGUUAGUGGUGGUGAUCGUGACUGUUUGUGUGGUGCUAUAGCAGCUUAUGCACAAGCCUGCAAUGAUGCUGGAACUUGUGUUGCCUGGAGAACACCCAAACUAUGCCCAUUGUUCUGUGAUUAUUACAACCCUUCUGGUGAAUGUGAGUGGCAUUACAAACCUUGUGGAGCUCCCUGCAUACAGACAUGCAGAAAUCCAGAUGGACAGUGCUCAAAUCAGAUCUUAUCACUUGAAGGUUGUUACCCCAAAUGUCCCUCUGAAUAUCCUUACUUUGAUGAGGAUUCAAUGAAAUGUGUUAAGAGGGAACAGUGUGGCUGCUUUGACAAACAUGGGGAUUAUUACAGCAAUCAGGACCCAGUUCCUUCAACAGAAAACUGUCAAAUAUGGUGGAAUGUCUACACCACCAAUUACAAAAUCAACAAGUUUUAUUUCUUCCAGUACUAUCAGCAUAUCAAAACCUUCAACAAAAACAUCACCAACAUUCACAACAUCGGAAACAGAAACUUUUACUUCUAG